AUGUCAUCGACAACUUGGCUAGAGAACUUUCUAGAGACGGACCUUCCAAGUAGAGGCGAAGUGACUCGAAGUCAAGUUGCGAGCUUCGGCGAUUCCGAAUACCGAAUUGGUCUCAGACCGAGGAGGUGGAGGAAACGGAGAGGUCGCUUUGUGACUUUGUCGAUACGCUGCGACCGCGAGAAGCAUGUUCGGCAAGCAUAUCUUACAUUCAAUAGCCCCAUCUCCAGAAGCCUCAUCUCCGAGUUCCCCGCUGAUGACGAGCGCAAUUGCGAUAAGGUCAUUCACACCACCGAGGCACCCGGUGCGGUCGCGCCUUACUCGCAGGCUGUGGUCCACAACGGCGUAGCCUACGUCUCGGGCUGCAUUCCUUUCACCCCACAGAUGAAGCUUGUCGAAGGUGGAAUUGAGGAGCAGACCGAGCAGGCGCUCAACAACCUGUUCGCCGUGGUCAAGGCCGCCGGCUCCGAGCCAUCUGACAUGAACAACUUUGAGAAGAUCAACGCCAUCUACGAAAAGCGCUUCGCUCCCUUCAAGCCCGCCCGAUCCGCCGUCGAAGUCGCUCGUCUUCCUAAGGACGUUGGCGUCGAGAUCGAGUGCAUCGCUGCCGUGAAGUCCAACCUAUGA